CACAAACACUGCAGUUUCGCAGACAUGGCGGAGUUGGAGUCGGCAACCGAACAUGAGCGUAUUUUACGGGAGAUAGAGAGCACGGAGACGGCGUGUAUUGGGCCUACACUGCGGUCGGUUUACGAUGGAGAGGAGCACGGGCACUUUAUGGAGAAGCUGGAAACCCGGAUAAGGAACCAUGACCGAGAGAUCGAAAAAAUGUGUAACUUUCAUUACCAGGGCUUUGUGGACUCCAUCACAGAACUGCUCAAAGUGCGGGGAGAGGCAGAGAAACUCAAGAAUCAAGUCACUGAUACAAACCGGAGACUUCAAGUUGAUGGCUCAGAGUUGUUAUCGUCAAUGAAAGAAUUGCAACAAUGUCGAAUUCAGCAAAGAAAUAUUGCUGCCACUGUGGAUAAACUGAACUUGUGUUUGCCAGUUCUGGAGAUGUACAGCAAGCUGCGUGUGCAAAUGAAGACCAAAAGACAUUACCCAGCACUUAAAACGUUGGAACAGUUAGAGCACACGUACCUUCCCCAAGUCAGCCACUACCGCUUUUGCCAGGUCAUGGUAGACAACAUACCUAAACUCCGUGAAGAGAUCAAAGAUGUUUCCAUGUCAGACCUGAAGGAUUUCUUGGAGAGCAUCCGAAAGCAUUCAGAGAGAAUUGGGCAGAUGGCUAUGAAACAGGCUCAUCAGCAGAGAAACCUGAACAACAUCCUGUCCCAGCAAACGAAGGGUGGUCUUGGUAGGAGUCACAAGAAGGAUAUGAGUCUGAGCCCAGAGAUCAAUGGCACGAGUCACAUGUCUGAGCAGGAGGAUUCUGGGAUACUGGAUGUGGAAGAUGAAGACGAGGAAGAGGCGCCUGGCACCAAGGACCUAGUGGACUUCUCCCCAGUCUACCGCUGUCUGCACAUCUACACUGUGCUGGGCUCACGAGAAGUCUUUGAAAAUUAUUACAGAAAGCAAAGAAGAAAGCAAGCAAGGCUGGUGCUGCAGCCACCGUCUAACAUGCACGAAACGCUAGAUGGCUACAGGAAAUACUUCAACCAGAUAGUUGGUUUCUUUGUGGUGGAAGAUCACAUCCUACACACAACAUUCGGCUUGGUGAACAGAGCUUACAUAGACGAGCUGUGGGAUCUGGCCUUGUCAAAAACGAUGGCCGCUCUGAGAACACAUUCAUCCUAUUGCUCCGAUCCCAACCUGGUAUUAGACUUGAAGAACCUUAUAGUCCAUUUUGCAGAUACACUUCAAGGUUAUGGUUUCCCAGUGAACCAGCUCUUUGAUAUGCUACUAGAGAUCAGAGACCAAUACAGUGACAUUCUACUGAAGAAAUGGGCUCAGCUUUUCAGAAACAUAUUGGACGCUGAUAACUACAGUCCUAUCCCAGUAAGUAAUGAGGACAUUUACAGAAGAAUUGUGGGUCAGUUUCCUUUCCAGGAUCUUGAGUUAGAAAAGCAACCAUUUCCUAAAAAAUUCCCCUUUUCUGAAUUUGUACCCAAAGUAUACAGCCAGAUUAAGGAAUUUAUCUACGCAUGUUUGAAAUUUUCUGAAGAUCUGCACUUAAGUUCCACAGAAAUUGAUGACAUGAUCCGAAAGUCCACAAACUUGUUACUUACUCGCACUUUAAGCAACUGUCUGCAGAAUGUCAUCAAGAGAAAGAAUGUUGGUUUGACAGAGCUCGUUCAGAUAAUCAUCAACACCACCCACCUGGAGAUUUCAUGCAAAUUCCUGGAAGAGUUUAUCACCAACAUUACCAACGUGCUGCCAGACACGGUUCACACAACAAAACUGUACGGGUUGACAACAUUCAAGGAUGCCCGGCAGGCAGCAGAAGAGGAGAUCUACACCAACCUAAACCAGAAGAUUGAUCAGUUCUUGCAGCUGGCUGAUUACGACUGGAUGGCAUCUGAAUCCAGUGAACAGGCCAGUGGCUAUCUGGUGGACCUCAUUGCUUUCCUUAACAGCACAUUUGCCGUUUUCACCCACCUGCCAGAAGCGUCAGACACGCACUCCAGGAUGCCGGGGAAGGUGGCUCAGACGGCCUGUAUGUCUGCUUGCAAACAUCUUUCCACCUCCCUCACACAGCUACUACUGGACUCUGAAGUCAAACAGAUCACCAUGGGGGCUCUGCACAACUUUAAUCUGGAUGUCAAGGAAUGUGAAGGGUUUGCCAGAUCCGGACCAGUGCCUGGGUUCCAAGGGGACACACUGCAGUUGGCCUUCAUCGACUUAAGACAACUAUUGGAUCUCUUUAUAAAGUGGGAUUGGUCAACUUACCUGGCUGAUUAUGGUCAACCUACUUGCAAAUACCUGCGUGUGAAUCCUACCACGGCUCUCACCUUACUGGAGAAAAUGAAAGAUCCUAGCCGUAAAAAUAAUGUCUUUGCUCAGUUCCGGAAGAAUGAGAGGGACAAGCAGAAAUUGAUAGAGACUGUGGCUAAGCAGCUUCGUGGGCUAAUCAACAGCCAUCACUCAUGAAGAUCACCAAUUAAAUCUUGCCACGGAGACCACUGGAUGGUGCCAAUUGCUGUACACUGAAUGUAUCUGAGAGCACACCUAUUGUGCUAUUGUAUGUCUUGUUCAGGGGGCUUUAGGUAAUGUUUACCACCCAGUAUAUAGUAGCCGAAGCUGCAUUCUGUAUGCAGUUUUAGGGUUCAUGAGAACGUAGAAGCUUUUUCUUGCUUUUGCGUGGUAUGGGGUUUUGGUUUCUUUUCUAUUGCACUGAUCUAGCAGUUUAUUGACAUUUACAAGAUUGUGACAACAAUACAAAUGUUUUAGUACACACCACAUUGGUCUCAGAGCUGUAGAAUCUCAGAGACAGACCAUAGUCUUGAAGCACCAGGCAACAUAAUAAAGAAUUUCAUGUUUUGUAAUCAUAAAAUACUGACAUUUCUGGAACUUUAGUAUUUUAUCCCUUCUAUCACAAUAAUUAUUCAGGUAUAUUAUGGAGACCUCUCCAGGAAAGAGAUUAAAAUGCUUAUAAUGCA